AUGCGGACAACAACAGCAUUUGCGCUUGCGACAGCGGCGGCGAUAUCUGGGGCCAAAGCAAUUAAUUUACUUGAGCGACGGGACGGAACAGCGCCACGCGUAGUUCAGCACGAGAUACAACGACGAGAGGUCAAGAACAUAUUACAACGAGACCAGGCACGAUUACGGAAGCGAGCAUCCGGGACGGUCAGCGUAAACCUGGACAAUGAAGAGACGCUAUAUUUCAUGAAUGUCACCAUUGGCACACCCGCGCAAGAUUUGAGGUUACACAUCGAUACUGGCUCUAGCGAUCUAUGGGUGAACGUUGCAAAUAGUCAGCUAUGUACAGAGCAAGGUAAUCCGUGCGGAGCAUCUGGCACCUACGCGCCCAACUCGUCCUCGACAUACCAGUACCUCAACAGCGAAUUUAACAUCACGUAUGUUGAUGGGUCGGGAUCAUCUGGAGACUAUGUUUCGGAUACCGUCAGAUUCGGCGGUGUGACUCUCCAAAACCAGCAGCUUGGUAUAGGAUACACGAGUACAUCGAUGGAGGGCAUUCUGGGUAUUGGCUAUCCUAUCAAUGAGGUGGCCGUGGCAUACAACGGCGGCCAGUCGUACCCCAAUGUGCCACAACAUCUGAUGCAAAACGGCGAUAUCAGCAGUAAUGCAUACAGCUUGUGGCUCAACGACCUCGAUGCAUCGACCGGCUCGAUUCUCUUUGGUGGCGUCAAUACCGAUAAGUACACUGGCGAGCUACAGACUCUCCCAAUCAUUCAGGAGCACGGUGUCUAUGCCGAAUUCCUCAUCGCCUUGACUGGCGUGGGAGCGAACGGUACCGAAGGCUCCAUCGCAAGCAAUAUCGCUAGCCCGGCUCUUCUCGACUCGGGUACUAGUCUGAUGUACCUUCCCAACGACAUCACAACCAGCAUCUACAAUGCCGUUGGCGCGGAGUACGACUCAAGACAAGGCGCCGCCUUCGUCAACUGCAACUUGGCCAACUCCCAAGCAACCGUCGACUUCACCUUUUCCGCUCCCACCAUCCGCGUAGGAAUGGACGAACUCGUCAUCGUAGCCGGCGAGUCCCGAGGUCAGCCAGUCUGUAUUCUCGGGAUCGCCCCAGCGCAAGGUAGCACCCCAGUGCUAGGCGAUACUUUCCUCCGAUCAGCUUACGUGGUAUACGAUAUCACGAAUAACGAGGUCUCCCUCGCCCAGACAAACUUCAACAGCACCUCAGACAACAUUCUUGAAAUCACGAACAGCUCAAGUAUCCCUUCUGCAACUGUUGUGCAGAAUCCCGUCACCAGUGUUGCGGUCGAGAGUGGUGGUGCGAGGAUCACUGGGUUCCCGACUGGUGUGUCUGCGGGCGCUUCGGUGCCUACUGCUGCUGUUGGGUACGGUGUGGCACUGCUUGGCGCUCUCGGUGCAGGAGCUGCGUUGGUGUUGUAA